AACAUCCUGGGUACGAGUCAGCUACGUCACAUGGCGUGCCUAGGCAGGAUCGAUAUCACUUCCGGGUACGCGUAGGCGUAACCCCUGAACAUUCCCUACAAAACAAGCUGCAGUUGUCGCCAGGGCACACUGCCAUCCGAUUGAACACUUGGGACAGGAAGACAGCACGAUCGCCGACCCUGAAUCCAAGUGCAGGUGUCUGAAUCAAGGCAACAUGGCUUCUCCCGUCAAGUCGUCCCGGUUCCGAACCUUGAAGGUCACCAAGAAGACGUCCAUCAAGGACUUCGUGUCGGCCCACAAGCUGGAGUUCGAGAAAGGGAAGGGCUUCUAUCAGCUGACCAAGCCAGAGAUCAUACAGGACUACAAGGAGAUCGUUGCGCGCAGGAAGUCAGAUGGAGCCUUCAUCAGCGGCAGCGCGGUCAGAACCACGCUGGGGAUCCCUGCCGACGCCGGGAAGAAGUUCAAGUUCGAUCUGGCCAAGAUCCCAGACUUCGACGUCUUCGUCCAGAGCACCUCGUACAACCGAGCCCUGAUGCCGGACACCGAGUUUCUGUACGAGGUCGGCGGUGGAGGGGACGAGCCGGCCCCGGCGGUGACUCCUCCUGCAGGCGGGAAGAAGAGGAAGGCCGAAGCUGCGCCGGCUGCGACCGCCGCUACGAAGAAACGUGGAGUGAAGGCUGAACCAGAGGCUGAACCAGCGGCAGGGACGUCGGCUCCCCCUCCCGCACCCCCUGGAGGAGGCGGGCCGAUGGAAAUUGUCUUCUGUUUCGACACCACCGGGUCCAUGUAUCCUUGCCUUGCAGAGGUCAGGAAGAAGAUCCAGGACGUGGUGAAGAGGUUACACAAGGAUAUCGCCGGGAUCCGCAUGGCUCUCAUGGCGCACGGAGACUACAUGGACGCCACUACCACCUACGACGUGACGUGGCUGGACUUCACUACUGACCAGAAGAGGCUGUGCAACUGGGCCAACAGCGUCCAGGCCACCUACGGCCACGACCUCGACGAGUGUUAUGAACUGGCGCUUCGGAAGGUCCGUACGGAGCUGUCCUGGACCCCCGGCACACAGCGCUCCCUGGUCAUGAUCGGGGACUGUGAGCCGCACGCCCCCAACUUCCACCUCAACAAGGACAAGAUCGACUGGAAGAAGGAGACGGACCUGCUGUUGGAGAUGGGUGUACACAUCUAUGCUGUACAGGCGCUAAACAGGGGUCCCUCCACCAAGUUCUACAAAGAACUGGCGCGCAGGACGCACGGCUGCCACCUGAACCUGAACCAGUUCGCCUCCAUCGUGGACUUCAUGAUGGCCAUCUGUUACCGGGAGCGUGGGGCCGAUCAGUUGGAGGCUUAUGAGAAAGAAGUUCGUUCCCGAAAAGGUGGCGGCGGGAUGAACCGGGAGCUCCAUCAGUUGUUUGACGUGUUGGCCGGCAGGACGACCACCUUCACCGCCGCCGGCGCCGCAGACGGAGACCUGGUGCCUGUCAAACCCUCCAGGUUCCAGGUCCUGACCGUGGACGAAAGGUGCGACAUCAAGACGUUUGUCUCGAACAACAGUCUGAUCUUCAAGACAGGGAGGGGAUUCUACGAGUUCACCAAGCCCGAGAAAAUCUCCGAUAAGAAAGAGGUGGUGCUGGUUGACAAGACCACAGGAGACAUGUUCACUGGCCCCGAGGCGUGUGACAUGAUCGGUGCUGGAGGGUCAGGCAGGAUCAAACCCGCUUCACUGGACAGUUGGCGCGUGUUUGUGCAGAGUACUUCCUACAACAGGGUGCUGAUGCCCGAUACCGGCUUCCUGUAUGAAGUCGACCCUGACCACUGAAGAGUUGGAAGACCACGCGCAUCACCAAAGAUGUUUCAGAGACCAACCAUUUUUCCGGAUUAGAUUUUAUUAGAGGGUGAUUUUUAAAAAUCCACAUAAAUAAAUAUAAGUCGCGUGAUUUCACUCUUUCCAUUUUUAAAGUUCUUGGCAUCAAUGUUAAUGUGAAUGAUAUAUUAUAUUUGAUGUUGCUGUAUUUGACUGUAUUUUUACCUUGCACAUUGUCUCUCUAUUAUGAUAAAUUUUAUCAGAGGAAGAUUUUUUUAAUUCACAUAAAUGAAUAUACAGUGAUCGUAAAUCGUGUGAUUUCACUCUCUCCAUUUAUAAAGUUCUUGGCAAUAAUGUUAAUGUGAAUGACAUUAUAUUUGCUGUUGCUGUAUUUGACUACUAUGUUUUGUACCUUGCACAUUGUCUUACUAUAAGUCCCAUAUAAAUAUAAACACAUAAAGAUCUCUGAUUUGCUAAGAAUAGAUCCGAUAUGGGAAUCUAACAGUAGAAGUUUUGUAACUUAUGUUUCAUUUUAUCAUGUUAUGUUGACCCCAGGAAGAAUAGUGCUUAAGCACUAAUAUUAGGGAUCGUAAUAAAAACAAACAGCCACUACGUGGAAGUGUCUAAUAUACAAUUUAGUUGAUCAUGUAAUAUUUAA